AUGGGCUCCGUCAUGGAUUACUCUCAAGUCGAGAUUCCCACGCACUGUAAAGCGGGGGUGGUGGUGAACGAAGGCCCCGAUUUCCAUGUCGAGGUACAGACGGUGCCGGUGCCACAACCAGGCCCCGACGAUGUUUUGAUCAAGCUCAACUACACUGGACUUUGCUCGUCCGACAUCCAUAUGAUGCAAGGAGAUCUAGGUCUCCCGUUCAUGUCAGUGUUUGGUGUGCGAUCACCAGGACAUGAAGGUGCGGGUGUAGUGGUCAAAGUUGGAGCCAACGUCAAGACUUUCAAGUUGGGCGAUAGAGCCGGAAUCAAACCGAUGAUGGAUACAUGCGGGUCCUGUGCACUUUGCUGGGACGACAAAGAGACGUACUGCAAGGGCGCAAUUCUCGCUGGUCUGCAGACGGCAGGUACUUACCAGCAAUACUUGGUAUCACCGGCACGAUAUGCAUCGCCAAUUCCAGAUGGAGUCCCCGAUGAAAUUGCCGGCCCAAUUAUGUGUAGUGCCAGCACUAUGUACCGAUCUCUGAUUGAGUCUAACCUUCGAUCCGGGGCUUGGGUUGUUUUCCCCGGCGGAGGUGGGGGUGUGGGAAUUCAAGGUGUACAGCUGGCUAAAGGCAUGGGAAUGCGGCCCAUCGUGGUAGACACGGGAGCAUCCAAACAGAAAUUAGCGCUGGAGAUGGGAGCAGAGGCCUUUGUGGAUUUCAAAGAAGUUGCUGAUCCCGCCAAAGCUGUGAUUAAAAUUUCCGACGGGGUCGGGGCUCAUGGGGUGUUUGUGACAGCCCCUGCUGCUUAUAAAACAGCAGUUUCAUUUAUCGGAGACCGGAUCGGAGGCAUUGUGAUGUGUGUCGGUCUUCCUCCCGCAGGGUCGAUGACGAUAGGAGCCGAUCCCUGUCAGUAUAUCUUCAAAAAUCUUACCAUCAAGGGCACCCUUGUCGGUAGCCGGAGUGAUACUGCCAUGGCAUUGGAUUUCGCACGGAGAGGGGCUCUAAGACAAAUUUGUGAAGUCUAUCCACUAAAUCGCAUGCCCGAGGCUGUGGAAAAACUUCGGAGGGGGAAGUCGCCGGGCGGAUUGUGA